AUGUCAACCAAACCCGGAUAUCACAUCGAGGGGCCUCCUGGCACCUUUCUCCUUGCUACCUGUCUCCCACUGCUCCUUUACUUUUUGUUCUUCACCUGCAAUGACAAGUCGGGCUGCCCGGCACCAGCCCUGCUCGAGUUAAGGACUAUCUCUCUGGAAACGUUGAAAGCUCAGAUCCCAUGGCCCGAGAAUGGGUUGAAGGGCUUGGCUAGCUGGGAAGCCACCAGCUGGGUGCUAGCUUAUUAUUUCCUCAACCUGCUCCUUCACCGAAUACUUCCUGCGCAGGAGGUGUUGGGGACCAAGUUACGUGAAUCCGGCCGUCCUCUGAAAUACCGAUUUAAUGCAUUCUCCACCACUCUCGCCCAACUGAUCCCCUGCGUCAUUGGAACCUAUCACUACGGCGCAGGUUUCCCUCUGUGGACAUACAUCGACAGGAACUACCUGCAGAUCCUGACAGCCAACAUCCUACUCGCCUACGCAAUCUCCAUCUCUCUAUACAUCCGCAGUUUCAGCAUCAAGCCAGGAAACAGCGAGUUACGAGAGCUCGCGCGCGGAGGCUGCACAGGAAAUCUAAUCUACGACUGGUGGAUGGGGCGCGAACUCAACCCACGGAUUACGCUUCCACUACUCGGCGAAGUGGACAUCAAAGCAGCACUAAUGAUGCGGCCGGGCCUCACAGGCUGGUUGUUCCUCGACCUCGCCUUCGUGGCAAAGCAAUACCGACUGCACGGCUACAUCUCCGACAGCAUUGUCUUCGUCGCCGCGGUCCAAGCCUACUACGUGCUGGAGGGCCAGUUCGCCGAGCCCGGCAUCGUCGGCAUGAUUGACAUUGCGACGGACGGGCUGGGGUUCAUGCUCACGUUCGGGGAUAUUGCCUGGGUACCUUUUCUGUAUUCGACGCAGUGCCGGUAUCUGGCUGUCUACCCGGUGCAUUUGGGAUGGACAGGGACGAUACUGGUUGGGGUGGUUUUCGCUGUUGGACUGUAUAUCUUCCGGGCAUCCAACUCCCAGAGAAACACCUUUCGCACGUCGCCCCAGCACCACAGUGUCGUUGACCUGCCCUACUUGCAGACUAGACGAGGAACCAGAUUGCUGACUGGUGGCUGGUGGGGUCUGGCGCGGCAUAUCAACUAUUUUGGUGAUUGGUUGCAGGCCGUGCCGUUUAGUUUGCCGACGGGCUGGGCUGGGUAUGUGAUUCUUGCUGCUGAUAGUGCUGCUGCCUCGGAUGCAGUCGUGCAGAUGGGUGAUGGUCGGGUGGUGGUGCAGGGAGCAGCUCGGGGCUGGGGGGUUGGCUAUACGUAUCUCUAUGCCGUCUAUUUUGCUGCUUUGCUUCUUCAUCGGGAGAGACGCGACUGCGAGGCGUGUUCGGAGAAAUAUGGAGAGGAUUGGGAGAAGUACAAGAAGGCUGUUCCUUGGAGGAUCUUCCCGGGUGUUUAUUAG